AUGGAAGAACUUGCGCAGAGCGUACAAUUGCUCUCGGAGAAAACCCUCCGAGAUAUCGCCAAAGGCCCAUUGGUAAAAUUCACACUGACAUGCCAAGACAUUGACCAAGUGAGCCGGGUAUGGCAGUCGUUAGUUCUGACGCUAUCGACAGCAUCUAUCUCGCCACCCCAUUCUGCUGAGGCAUGUAAUGCCGCUACUGCUUUUAUUGAUGCUGCCGUCAAGUCACAAUGCGAUACCACCAAAGAGUUAAUUCUUUCUCAAGAGGCGUGGCUGUCAAUAUUUGACAUCUGUUUGAAUCGAUAUGAAGAUGCUAAGCCAAAGCCUAUCAAGAAACUCCUGGCGUCAAUCACUGCCAUUCUAGCCAAAAACCACCAGGGCGCAACAAGGACAGCUCUGCAAACCGCGAUUCUUGAUGCCAUACUUCCCAGCAUUGUGCUUGGCGAGCCCCAGUCGAGAUUAAAGGGUUCUAUGGUAUUCUUGGAGACUUUGAUCAGAAGGGAUGCUAUAUUGCCCAACGAGUUUAUCCCAUUGACCCGUCAAUGGCUGUCGAGGAACACAGCAAGUUGGGUAACCACUAUUGCCAAUGACCAUGAAGCUUUGUCUCUUGGUGGUUCAAGCCCCGCCUUUGAUAUGGCAUCUGGCAAUCUAUCCGAUGACUUAGCAGUUCGGAUCUUUGUUCUUGGGAUCCUGGUCCAAAUUAACAAUAGGACCAUGGCUGUGGCAGCCGGAAAUGUACUAUCAAUUUUGAUUCAGAAGAUGAAGCCUGAGACUUCCCCGAGAAAGUCUCGGCGAUACCUAUCCAACACGCUCUUGCAACCUCUGUUCGCCAUUGAUACGAAUGGCUUCAAACUGUUCCUCGACACACUCCCAGUCGAGAGCCUUCUCAGAGGAGAUAUGACCGAUGCGCCAGAAGCAGAGUAUAUGGUUCUUUUCGCUGCACUACAAAUCGGCAAAAAAAUCAACCUGGUCCAUGAAGAUUAUAUCUUCAAUUCCGGCAAAGCGAAGCUGGACGAAAAUGUGUUGGUCAUGAAAAGCGACGUGAUUGGCAAAUUCCUUUUGCAUCGCGAAGCCAAUAUCCGUAUAGCGGCUUUGUCAUUGCUAAUCACGGCAUUUUCCACAAUCAAGCCCUUCACGGUUAGGGCAACAAAUGCUAUCCUUCGAGGAUUGCCCUCCAUGCAUGCCGAGUCCGAUGCCUAUACUCGAGGAGAAAUCCUGAGUCUGACACGGAAAUUCAUUGUGCGCCUCAAGGGUGGAGUCGUAAAGGAUGAAGAUGCUGUUUCAAAAUCAGAGCAGACAGCAAACAAGACAGGCGAGGCCAAAAAUGAGACCGAGACCAAAGAGUUUUUGAGGGCAUACUUACAAUUAUUGGGUCGUGAUUUGCGGCUUGGUGCCUCAUACUCACGCCAUAUCACAGCCCUCAAAGCUCUGAAGCUCCUGCUAGACUCCGGUCUCGAUCCACGCAUAGAAGCCAAUCUUCAAAAAUCAGAGAUGGAAAAUCUUUGGAAGGUUCAGGUUGAAGUAUUUGAUGCUCAACUCUUGCGUUUAUUGAUUGAUCUUCUGCUGGAUCCGUUUGAGGAAGUUCGACAAACCUCUCUUUCGAUCCUGAGCCUGUGUCCCCGGGAGAUUCUUCUCAGUGGUUUGCAAAAUACGACAGACCAACAGUCCUCCGUAGGAAUGCGGUUGACAGAUGCAAUUGCCCGGGCGGAAAACCUGGCAAGCAACACAAGUCGAGCCGAUCAUGCUGACACCGUUGCUCGUCUCUACCACAUUAUUUUCUGCGCGGCGUUACCAGCCAACUCGGCUCAACCGACUUCUGGUUGGUGGGCGACUAAGGCUUCUGUAGUUGACACAAUUUUGACUAAGCUCGAGGAGCGUCUCUUGGAUUCUCAGAGCCUCUUCACCUCGGUCAUGCGUGAGGCGCCACUCCAUGGGUAUACUUCUGGUCUUAGAUAUAUCGUUCUUAUGCCCAACUUCUAUACCUUGAUCUCUGAUGGGUCAGGAUCCGCCGCUUGGCGAUCUGUCCAUGACCGCAUUGUCGCCAUUUGCGAUAGGAUCUGGCUAGAAGCGAAGACUUUACUGUGUAUUGACUCACCCGAAGGUCACUCAGACGAGCCUACCGAAGAUCUGAAUGUAGGACCCAAGGACGCUCUUUCAUAUUCCUGGAGAUCCCUUCGCGAAUCAAGCCUUUUGCUCCAUGCCACCCUAGUGAACACCAGCUAUGGACCAAGUGGGAGUGACGGACUCAAUCGAGCGGACUUUGCAAAUAUUGGUGGAGCCAGCUUCACACAACUGGCUGAGCUUCGUCAUCGAGGUGCAUUCUCAAAUGUUUCCCAGACAUUUGCGACAUGUUGCCAGCGAUGCAGCUCCGCAAAAGAUCCAUCGAUCCGAGAACUUCCUAAGACUUGGUACCAGGAGGCUAAAUCAACUAUCUUUGACUCGGCCUCUAAGCUCACUCGUCGCUCUGCUGGCUUGCCCGCAUUGGUGACAGGUAUUGUUGGCUCGGAUCCAGGAACGAAAUUUUUCAAUGAUGCAUUGAAUGAGCUCCACGAAAUCUCAUACCUUCCCGUGCAGUACGACAAAGAAAGACAGUACUUGGAACUUCCCCAGGUUCAUGCAAUGAACUGUCUGAAGGAUAUCUUCACCAAUGCAAAGCUUGGCCCUCAUACAGAGCCAUUCAUCAUGAAGGCCCUGACGCUGUCUGCCGAACGCUUGGGGUCGCCGAUCUGGGCUCUUCGCAAUUCAGGAUUGAUGCUGUUCCGUGCUCUGCUCACAAAAAUGUGUCGAGUCAUUCCUGGCGCUGGACCGGGCUUCGGAGGCAACUCGGGGUCAGAGCCAGGAGCCAGAAUCACAUUCCCCAAAUAUCCCGGUCUGCUUGAAUUGCUUUCUGGUCUUCUCGCAACGACGCAGGGCGAAGCGGCGGAGGGCACUGAGAUUAUCACCGAGCGGGUAUUCCCUGCACUCGAACUUGUUGGUGACAAAGUUCCCAGCCUGGAUGAUCCUACUGAUGAGAUGCUACGUGGGUUGGUUCUUGAGCAUUUAAGCAGCCCUGUCUGGGGUGUCAGAGAACAUGCGGCCCGUGUAUAUGCGUCUUUGCUCACCCGACACAACAUUCCUGAAGCUUUGCGUGCCCUUGUUAUCCUUCCCCGAACGAUCACCGAGAAUUAUGUUCAUGGUGUUGCGUUAUGUGUGCGGUAUGCUCUUCGCCGAUACUCAUGCACUACCGAUGAAUUUUGGACAUCAAACCUUGACGAACUUUUUAUGACUCUGCGGACUGUGUUAGAGGUCCUAUUCCGUGUUGGAAAAUCGCCAACUGUGGCGACCGAGCUUGUCGAGAUUCUAAAUGGCACCUUGGAACGGGCUGUUCAAGCACGUAUUGAAGGCAGGAUUAUCACCUUCAUCAAUGAGAUGUUCGAAAUUCAUGAUCUUGAUGAGAUUUUGGAAUUUGUUUUCGACGCUUCUCAAGAGGCAUGGAAUCUAUCAAGCAUCAGCCGAGCAUCUGCCCUUCUCAGAAGAGCGCUUGCAUGGUGCAAGGUGUUGAAAAUGCUUGCUUCUCAGCAGUGGGAGCAGCUCGCAACAUUCUAUCUUGGAGUGUCACAAUUCGAUGCAGAUGUUGCUCGUUGGAUCGCCGAGAAACUCCAUGAGACGGUUGGCCAAAACGAGAGUUACAUGCAACCCUUGGCUAACUUGUAUUCAUCUGUGAUUUUGGGAGAUAGUCGACCUGACGUAAGAACAAUGGCUGCGUCAAACCUGGCCUCUAUUCUAGAGGCACUAUUGCCAUCACACCUCGAUACUAUCUCAAGCCUUGGUCUCCCUUGGGACGCUAUCGCCAACGGCUUCCGCCCUGAGACAGAUAUCACUGCCUGGAACCGAGAAGCAACCGAUGCUGAGCUCCGACUUCGAGGCUGUUUGCUGGCAAUCCGCCUUUCUUCUGACCAAAAAGCUUUAUCUUCAUUGGAAGACGAUGUGCACAGCUGGACUAUCAAGCUGCGCUCAGCCUUGAGCGAAGAGACCGAAUUUACUACUCGUUUUGCUGCCGUCACAUCUGUUAACAGCUUCUCACGGGCUCUUCGACUAUCCGGUGACCAGACACGCGUAGAUGCAGUGCUACUGGAUGUAUAUUUGGUUCUAUAUGACAUGCUUAAUGACGAUGACGACGAAAUCCGUGAUAUGGCUGCAUCUGCGGCCUCUUGGAUACUGUCACACUCAUCCGUAUCACCGGAUACCGAUGUGACUUUGGCACCUCUAAAUGCAAGUGCUCUUCUUGUCGACUUUAUCAUUGAUAAUUACUCGAAUUCUGCGCUUCUUGGACAGCGAGUUCUCCGAUAUCUGACCGGCCAAGAGCCAAGGAUCAGUGGAUAUGACGCACGCAGCUGCCUCACUGCUGUGUCUGAUCAGAUCGCAGAGUAUCGCCAGGAGAGCACCGUCCUCUUCGAGGAGGAAAAACAGAAUUUGUUUGUCGACGAGGUACGCGAGGUUGAACUCUGGUCCCGGGCCUUGUUGAGGUUAAGUCGCUCGGCGUACGAGGAGCUCUCUGUGAGUCAGAUAUCCUCUUGGGCCUUCGACGGCUUGACAUAUAUUUGUUCUUUGGUCGGCUCUGGCGCCGAGCCAGAUGGACUUCUUGGCUGGGUUUCGAAACCUGAGAUCUUUACCCUCGGGUUCCGCGUCAUUGUCGUCUCGUCUGCGCUGGGCUCGUCAGACUUCUCGGCACCAGAGAACUUAUCCACGGAAUCAGGUGCCUUCCAGAAAUCACUUGAUUCCCUCUUAUGUGCAGGCAAAGCGUCGUACGUUCAUGAGGAUUGGUUGUCAAGAAUACAGGCCGCACGGGAAAUAUGA